UCACUAAUAUUUAGAACUAGAAAGAAAGAAAAAGUUGAAUUGAAUGGAUAAAUCUAUUUCACAAUAUAGUAAUGCUAGUGAAUCAGGUUGGACUCACUACUUAGACCAAUCCUCUAUUUCUGAGAGCUAUGUCCAAAGGAAAAGUGAGAAUGUAGAGUAUGAAGGAAAAAGAACAAGAAUGAAAAAGGAAGAGAAGUUUGAAGAAGAUUCAUCAAUGGUGUCUGAUGCUUCUUCUGGACCUCCACAUUAUGACAAUGAAGAAUACUAUUAUGAAAAUCUGUAUCAUCAUUGUCUUUCUACUACAAACAAAGAAUCCAACAAGAAGAAAAAAGUCAAAGAAUCCAACAAGAAGAAAAAAGUCAAAGAAUGUGACAAAAGUCAACAAUCUUCACAUCUUGAUGACACUGCUAGCUCCCCAUAUUUCAAUUGUCCCAACAAGAGUCAUAAGAAGCAAGACAGUUUCUCUAAGAAUGGAGCAGUGGAGAAUGCAUUCCAAUUUGCAACAAGAAUAAAGUUGAGGGUGAUUAGGUGAUAUUGAUGAAGAAGAAAGAAAAUGGAAGAUUUUAAGGUAACAAUUGUCACUACUAUUGCAUUGUUGUGGGAAGAGACCAGAAGAAUGUCAAAGGAGAAAAACUGUGCAAUCAAAUGUCUGCCAAAAGGAACACUUUUUAUUUCCUUUUCUUUUUUACUUUUAUUUUAUGUUCAGUGCAAUUUAAUGUUUGUCAAAAGAACCUCAGUUGUUAGAUAGAAUUUUCAAUCCAAAAAACUCCCUCCUACCCCCUUCUU